GGAUGGUUCCGUGCCGGUUCUGACCCAGUAUAUUAUCUGAUGAGAGUUGAUUCUGCGGUAUUUUGUGAAAAUUCUUCCGGAAAAAGUGGAUUCAUAAAAUUUGAUCCAGCUUUCGAAGGGAAAUUAAAGCCUGGAGUUUUUGGCACUUUGAUGCAAAGUUUUAUGCCUCGAGAAUUUUUAGGCAAACGAGAUGUUACGGGCUGGGCUGGUUUGUGGAUGCGAGUCGAUACAAAAACGACUCAAACUCUCGAUAAUAUGUCGGACCGAUCUCUGAAAGGUACUGGUGAUUGGAAGAAGUGUGAAUGCAUUUUAGACGUUGGUCAAGAUGCGGUCAAUCUUGCUUUUGGUGUUUUAGUAUCGG